UGGUGGCUUACACCUGUAAUCCCAGCACUGUGGGAGGCUGAGGCGGGCGGAUCACUUGAGGUCAGGAGUUCGAGACCAGUCUACGCAACAUGGUGAAACCCCAUCUCUGCUAAAAAUACAAAAAUUAUCUGGGCGUGGUGGCGCGUGCGUGUAAUCCCAGCUACUUGGGAGGCUGAGAAUCACCUGAACCCGAGAGGCAGAGGUUGCAUAAGCCGAGAUCGCGCCACUGCACUCCAGUCUGGGCAACAGAGUGAGACUCCGUCUCAAAAAAAAAAAAAAAAAAAGCAACGCCAUGAAGUCUUUGGGGGUGGGGCCAGGCAGUUGUUAAAGGCAUCAACUCCCAGCAGAACGUUUCGUGGAGCAGUGGCACUACAGCCCUACAGCCCAGUGGUGGGGGUGUCGUGGCCGCAGGAACAGUGCCAUGGGACAGGAAGAGCAUGGGUGCGAAGAAGUGGCUGGAGUGGAGGAAGGAGGUUGAGCUGCUCUCAGAUGUGGCCUACUUUGGCCUCACCACACUUGCAGGCUACCAGACCCUGGGGGAGGAGUACGUCAGCAUCAUCCAGGUGGACCCAUCACGGACACAUGUGCCCUCCUCGCUGCGCCGUGGUGUGCUGGUGACGCUGCAUGCCGUCCUGCCCUACCUGCUGGACAAGGCCCUGCUCCCCCUGGAGCAGGAGCUGCAGGCUGACCCCGACAGUGGGCGACCCCCGCAGGGGAGCCUGGUGCCAGGUGGGCGUGGCUGCUCAGGGGCGCGGCGCUGGAUGCGUCACCACACGGCCACCCUGACUGAGCAGCAGAGGAGGGCGCUGCUGCGGGCGGUCUUCGUCCUCAGGCAGGGCCUCGCCUGCCUCCAGCGGCUACAUGUUGCCUGGUUUUACAUCCACGGUGUCUUCUACCACCUGGCCAAGAGGCUCACGGGGAUCACGUACCUCCGUGUCCGCAGCCUGCCCGGAGAGGACCUGAGGGCCCGUGUUAGCUACAGGCUGCUGGGGGUCGUCUCGCUGUUGCACCUGGUGCUGUCCGUGGGGCUGCAGCUGUACGGUUUCAGGCAGCGGCAGCGAGCCAGGAAGGAGUGGAGGCUGCACCGUGGCCUGUCUCACCGCAGGGCCUCCCUGGAGGAGAGAGCCGUUUCCAGAAACCCCCUGUGCACUCUGUGCCUGGAGGAGCGCAGGCACCCAACAGCCACGCCCUGCGGCCACCUGUUCUGCUGGGAGUGCAUCACCGCGUGGUGCAGCAGCAAGGCGGAGUGUCCCCUCUGCCGGGAGAAGUUCCCUCCCCAGAAGCUCAUCUACCUUCGGCACUACCGCUGAGCCGGCACCCGGGUGGGCCUGGACACAGAUGACUUCUACAGGAGUCUGAACGCCAAAAUUUAGUCUCAAGAUUAACCUCGCUUGCACAGAAAUCAGAACACUCAACAGUUUUUUGUCACGUAAGAUACUAACCCAGCCACCCCGGGAGAGAACAGAAAGCUGUCUCUGGCUGUGCUUUCUCAGCCCUGGGAGGGGCGCCUGAACCCACAACAUUUCCCUAAGCCCAACCUGGUAGGGCUCAGCCACUGCUUCAGGAAUUUCACUUAUUUGGACAGGAUUUUAGGUUUCCCUCCCUUCCCCAAACCAUACAGUUGAGAAGUAAUUCAGAAGUAGGCCAGAAGACACUUUAUUCAUUUAUAUUGUGAGAGAAUGGUUCCAUCAGGCUUGUGUUAAGGCAAUGGACUGAAUGAGUGUGUGUUGAGUUGGGAUGGGGCACGGGAGGCUGGCGGUUUACUUCAGCCAGUGUGGUCAGAACAGCAGCCCCACGGCCCCCAUCGGAGACAGUGGUGCCCUCCCCGAGGGUAGCUGGGCAGAGCACAUCCACCAGGACUUGAUGACCACGCAGGGGCAGAGAGAAACCCGCCAAGGCCAGCACCUCUGUCGGAAGCAUUUGGCACACACCUUCAAUACACGUUGAGGUUGCUUCCAGUUUUAGAAAAUAGAAAUCUGCAUCUCAGCCUGACACGCAGAGAGGUCUCCUCCUGACCCAAACACACUCACGAGCCAGGUCCUGGGGGUCGGGGCUGCCAGGGGCACCCGAGCCCUCUCCUGGGGGCCUGCUGGGCAGGCGACCUGCUGACCCAUGGUAACUGCUGUGUUCAGCCCCUCAGCUCGGCCCCAGCCUAUUUCCUGCCUCCAUCUGACGUUCCACAUUUUCAAAACUGCAUUUAACCUGUGCCAGAGACUUCGCCAUAGGCAUCUUUAAUAAACUAACUCCACCAAAAUGUGGGUAUGUUAAUAACACAA